AUUCAAUCCAUCUAACCCGCUGGUAGUGUAGUCGUCGGUUAAAGGGCAGGGGAGAAGGGAGAGCAGGCAAACACGAAAGAUGCAUUCCUUCGGUUACAGAGCCAAUGCUCUCCUAACUUUUUCUCUCACGAUUCUGGCUCUCAUGUGCGCCAUGGCAUCUCUUUCGGACAAUCUCAACUCUCCUUCCCCCACUGCAAGUGUUAAGGUCUUGAAUAUCAAUCGGUUUCUGAAGAAAUCAACCGGAGAUGACGAGGUUGGGAUUACACUAGAUAUAUCUGCAGACCUACAGUCAUUGUUUACAUGGAACACAAAGCAAGUUUUUGUAUUUCUAGCUGCUGAAUACAGUACUCCAAAGAACAUCCUUAAUCAGGUUUCAUUGUGGGAUGGUAUCAUACCAGCACAAGAUGGUGCAAAAUUUUCUAUAAAAACCAAGAACAAGUACAGGUUCAUUGAUCAGGGAAGCAACCUUCGUGGGAGAGAUUUUAACUUGACAUUACACUGGCAUGUGAUGCCCAAAACUGGGAAGAUGUUUGCUGACAAAUUAGUCCUGCCCGGAUUUCGCCUGCCCGAGUCAUACAGAUGACCAGAUUUGAUAAUUCAUAAUUGCUGUUUUUUCUUGGUUUAAAUGAGAACUAGAGAUGAGAAGAGAAGAGGGUAAUUUUCUGUUUUCAAAUUUGUUAGAUUUGAAAUUAUAGUUUGGUUUAAACUUUAAACUAGAUGGUUUUAUGUUUCAAUACUGUUUUAUCUUUUGGUUUUUA